GUCGCCGCUAUUCAGAAUCCAUGCAAAUGCAGAACAGCAAACGAAGGUCGCGUAGUUUGAAGGGACACUUUCCUGUUUCCUACCUUUCUGUAUGCGAAUGAGGUAUCAAACAAUGCAAGAGAUACGAGUAACUGACCGGAGUGGAAAGUAUUUAACCCUAUAUGACAUCGAUGGUCGCUUAUUUCCGCGAAUGGUUAAAGAAGAAAAUAUCCGAGCAAUCGGCGAAAUCCAGCUCCGAGAUGAUGACAUCUUUCUGUGUGGCAUGCCUAGAUCCGGCCAUCACUGGGCGUACGAGAUGGUCAACAUGCUGUUGAGCGGUAAAGCCGAGCAGAGUCCACAUGACUUGGACCGCGGCGUCCUGGAACUGACUAGCAACUCGGAACUGGACGCCAUCCCAUCUCCACGCGUCAUGACCACGCACGUGUGUUACAGGUUCCUGCCGCCAGUGCAGCAAAAGAAGAUUCCCAUCAUCCACCUGGUCCGUGACCCUCGUGACGUAUUAGUGUCCCACUUCAAACUCUGCAAGGCGUGGCCAGGUGACAAUUACGACGGAACUUUCAGCGAUUGGUUGGAUCUGUAUUCUAAAGGAAAACUUGCCUGGGGCUCAUGGUUUGACCACUGCAAGGACUGGGAAAGAGUUUCUUCAGAAAAUCCGGACCUUCGUUAUCUUCGACUACACUACGAAGACAUGAAGUCGAACACGUUGGAAGUUGUAAAAACAAUAGCACGUUUCCUCGGCCUAAACGUCAGUUCUGAACUGUGUGUCUCUAUUUCCAACAAAUGCCAGUUUGAACAAAUGAAAAAGGAUCACGCAAAUAGGACACACAUAUGGAGUGAUCAAAUGGUUCAUUUCCAAAAAGGCGAGCCAGGUGAAUGGAAAAACUGGUUCAACAAAGAAGAAACUGAAGCAUUCAGCAAACUGUAUAAAACAGAAAUGGCAAACACAUGCUUAGAAUCUAGAUACUGUCAAUAAACUAUUAACUAUC